CCGUCAAAAUGCAAUUUUUCUAUCAGCGUCGCCGUAGCAGCUCCUCCAUCGCGCCUUCGCUCCUCGCUCAUUGACAUGGACUCUCUCCCUCUCUCCAUAUCUUCCUCCCGGCUCGACUCCGAGCUUGCAGAGAAGUCCAUCGUCGCUGGGAGGCAUGGAGAGAGUCAUCUCCACGAAAGCCCUUCUUUCCCUCCCCUCCAAGCCUCACCCUCGCGCCUUUCAUCCUCUCCCUUCCCUCCGCAGUCGCUUCCCCUCCCCCACCCUCCGCGCUCCCCAUGGCUUCGGCUCCCAGGACAGACCCACCUCGAUCUCUGUAGCGAAUCCCCAAAGGUUGCUCCUUUACCCAUCUGCCACCGGUAGACAGAGGAAAGGUCCGAUUUUUAGGGCAAGCGCGGCGAUUCCGGCCGACGGAGCCGGACUUGUCGACGAAAAGGCGAGCCCCAAGUUCCUGGGAGUCGAGUUGUCAACUCUCAAGAAGAUAGUCCCGCUUGGGAUCAUGUUUUUUUGUAUUCUGUUCAAUUAUACCAUUCUUAGGGACACCAAGGAUGUGCUGGUGGUGACGGCCAAGGGGAGCAGCGCCGAGAUCAUUCCAUUUUUGAAGACCUGGGUGAAUUUGCCCAUGGCCAUCGGAUUCAUGCUUCUGUACACCAAACUGUCGAACGUGCUGUCAAAGGAGGCUCUUUUCUACACCGUGAUUAUGCCCUUCAUCGCUUUCUUCGGAGCCUUUGCGUUCCUGCUGUAUCCCAUGCGCGACGCCAUCCAUCCCACCGCGCUGGCUGACAGGCUCUUGGCAGCGCUCGGUCCGAGCUUCCUUGGCCCGGUUGCAAUUCUGAGGAUUUGGAGCUUCUGCCUGUUCUAUGUGAUGGCCGAGCUAUGGGGAAGUGUGGUUAUCUCGGUCCUCUUCUGGGGUUUUGCCAACCAGAUUACUACCCUUGAGGAAGCCAAAGAGUUCUACCCAUUGUUUGGACUUGGAGCUAAUAUUGCCCUCAUCUUCUCCGGACGCACAGUGAAGUUCUUCUCUAACAUGCGUAAGAAUUUGGGGCCAGGGGUCGAUGGCUGGGCAAUUUCGCUCAAAGGAAUGAUGAGUAUCGUCGUUCUCCUCGGUCUUGUAAUAUGUGGAAUCUAUUGGGGUGUGAAUAAGUUUGUUGUAAAUGAUCCAUCCAUUCCAAGAACAGAACGCAAAAAGAAGGAGAAGCCGAAGCUAGGUAUGAAUGAGAGCCUGAAGGUUCUUCUGUCGUCUCGAUAUGUAAGAGACCUUGCAACCUUAGUGGUUGCCUAUGGUAUAAGCAUCAACCUUGUAGAAGUCACAUGGAAAUCAAAGCUCAAGGCACAGUUCCCUAGUCCAAAUGAAUACUCAUCCUUCAUGGGUGAUUUUUCAACUGCUACUGGAAUUGCAACAUUCACAAUGAUGUUGGUAGGAAGAUGGAUUCUCCGGAAAUUCGGGUGGGGAGUUGCAGCUAUGAUCACUCCCACAGUUCUACUGCUCACAGGAGUUGGGUUCUUCUCGCUAAUUCUGUUCAGUGAGCCAUUGGCUCCCCUAUUGGGCAGUUUUGGUAUGACUCCUCUGCUUGCAGCUGUUUUUGUUGGUGCACUUCAGAACAUUUUCAGCAAGAGUGCAAAAUACAGCUUGUUUGAUCCUUGCAAAGAAAUGGCUUACAUUCCUAUGGACGAAGAGAUGAAGGUCAAAGGGAAGGCUGCUAUUGAUGUUGUCUGCAACCCCCUGGGAAAAUCUGGAGGUGCCUUGAUCCAGCAGUUCAUGAUCUUGACAUUCGGUUCUCUGGCAAACUCAACUCCUUACCUGGGAGGAAUACUUCUAGUGAUUGUUCUGGCAUGGUUAGGCGCUGCGAGGUCCUUGGACUCUCAGUUCUCGCCUUUGGCCAAGCAGCAGUUCGAGAAGGAGAAGAUGCUGAAGGCAAGUGAACCUUCAGUCAUCGAGCAGAAGGAGAAUGGCUCUCUUCAUGAAUCCACAGCAAGUGAGAACUCGUCGAACGGGUCACCGGCAAAAGAAGAACUUGCUACUGAAUCGGAGGCUUCAGCAGGAACCAGCCAUGGUCAGCAGAGUUACACUUCAAGGUAGCACCAGAAAUUAAGAUGUUAGGAAUGGUAAGGAGUUUUAGGUGAGGUAGCUAUCAAUGUAGGAAUAAUAUGAAGAACAGAUGGUCAGAACUCUGUUCUUCGCGUCUUUUUCGAUAUGUUCUGCUAUGAUUUGAGUCUUUUUUGGUGGCCAUUGACCAAAAUAUGUUUCAAUUGUUUGGAAUUUUCUCAGAAAUGGACUGUUCUUUUUAUUGCAUUAUCA